ACAGUUAUUUCAUUAACAAAGCGACUACAGAAACGAUGACAUCGAUUUUUCCAGAAGUAUCAGAGAUGGGAAAAAUGGAAAAAAUGUAUAAUUAUUUAUUUGUCGAGCACUCCGUUUCACUAAGUCGCGAAUGGCCAUUGAUAUCUUCACCACUUCCGUUGACGCUCAUAAUUAUUGGAUAUUUAUUUUUUGUUCUUUACGCUGGUCCUCGUUAUAUGAAAAAUCGGCCGCCGUAUGAAUUGAGAACCUUUAUGUUACUUUAUAACUCAAUACAAAUUUUAACAAAUUUAUGGAUGGUGCAAGAACAUUUGUCUUUCGGUUGGUUCUCAGAAUAUGGUGUAACAUGUGCAACGACUUUGGCUUUGAAUUCUCCCAAAGCACUUAAAAUCUUCAAUAAUAUAUGGUGGCUAAUGUUAUUGAAAAUAUUUGAUCUCGUUGAAACUUGUACAUUUGUGUUGAGGAAGAAAGACAACCAGGUUUCCUUUUUGCACGUGUACCAUCAUGCAACAAAUAUACUUUUCGUCUGGAUUUAUUUAAAAUAUAUUCUGGACGCAAGAGCGACAUUAAUUAGUCUGAUUAAUUGCACGGUACACGUAAUUAUGUAUAUGUAUUAUUUUAUCUCUGCAAGAGGGCCAAAAUAUCAACGAAUAAUGUCUCCUCUUAAGCCUUUUAUAACUAGAAUUCAAAUGGUGCAGUUUCUUGCAAUAAUAAUAUACAUGAUACAGUUUGCAAAUCCAAUUUGUUCACUAGAUGGGCAGAUUUGUUAUACCAUAGGUACUAUUUUUGGUGUAAAUAUACUAAUAAAUCUUGCCUUAUUUUAUAAUUUUUAUAAGAAAAGUUAUACUAACGUAUCUAAAGGAAAGAAGAGUUAAGAUUGAUGUCAAUAAAUUAGUACAAAUAAUUAAUGACUAAUUAAUUAUAUAAUUAAUUUUUUCCUUAAA